UCAGCCGCAAUAUGUACAAAGCACAUGUUAAAUGCAAAUCAAUUCCCAUUUUGGAAGCAUUAAAUUCCCCUUGAUUGUGUCAUCUAUAUCUCAAGAUCUUCCAUUACAAACUUAACAAAAAAAAUUUCUUGAGAGAGAGAGAGAAGAGAGAUGGAGGCGGAGCAACAGCAGAGGAGCUUCAUUGAGUACACAAGUGGCCUAUUUCGUGAGGGAUUCUUGGAUGUUCAGUUUAGUCAGCUUCAGAUGCUUCAAGAUGAAUCCAAUCCUGAUUUUGUGUUUGAAGUUGUUUCCCUUUUCUUUGAGGAUUCUGAUAGGCUCCUCCAUGAUCUCUCCCUUGCUCUAGAUCAGCAGAAUGUGGACUUCAAGAAGAUUGAUGCUCAUGUUCAUCAGCUCAAAGGCAGCAGCUCUAGCAUUGGUGCACAGAGAGUUAAGAACACUUGCAUUGCUUUCCGCAGCUUCUGUGAAGAACAGAACGUCGAAGGGUGUUUGGGAUGCUUGCAGCAAGUGAAGCAUGAAUACUUGCUAGUCAAAACCAAGCUUGAGGCGCUGCUACGGUUGGAGCAACAAAUUGUGGCAGCAGGUGGAGCAAUUCCCAUAUUGAACGAAUUCUGCUGAAGAAAAUGCAGGAAUAAGAAAGCAAUAGUAAUCUAUUUUGUCACAAGUUUAAGGUUGCGAAAAUAUUUUCAAGAUCAUUAGUAAUUUCUCAAUGUGGGAAUUCUUAUCUGUUUGGAUAUCAUCAAAUUCCAAUUUAAAUGCUUUUAUUCUGAAACAA